UAUCUUCAAACCUUUCAAGGGUGUCUCAAGGUGAGACUUGUCAACCAAGAUCUAAAUGUCAAACAUGAAAUUAAUAUUUAAUAAAAAAUGCACACACUCCAAAUAAUAAAAAACCGUGACUUUGAAAGGCGAAAAAUGCCCUAAACGCGAAGCUCUAACCACCAGUGACCUGAUUAUGCGUAUAAAGUUCGCCCGGUUAAUAGCACUUAUUGUUGUGUUCGCUAACGUUAUCGUGAUUUACUAUAGUUUGCGUUUAUUUGUUUCGUUCGGGGGAUUUAAAACAUACCACUCGCCUCCGACCAUAAAAACCACAACCAAAUCGCCUUCCAAACAUGUCAGUAAACUGGUGACAAUCAUCGUUCGCGAGUUCGAAUCUUUCGAAAACGAUGUCACCUCAACCGUUCAAUCCUUCCUGAACGUGUUUCCAAACAUCCAAGUGAUGAUAAUUUACGACUCGCUUCCAUACCCGCCUCUCGACAUUAAUUUAAAAAAUAACAGUUUGAAAAACGUGAAAGGGUUCGCUCUCUCCUCCAGUCUCAAAGUCCCCUACGCUGAGCGGUACCCAGUUUUACAAAUAAAGACAAAGUAUGUUCUCUUCGUGCCAGACUCGACUCGCAUCUCCUCCAGACAAAACCUCCAACUGAUGGUUGCCGAGCUUGGCAGACAACCCAGUUCCAUAAUCGUGGCCCCUGUCUCGAGUAAAAAAGAGCUGGGGUGUCUUAGAGUUAACGUUAACGUGCGCGAAUGGACUCUUAAGUACAGUUUAACAAAAAAUAAUCUUUGUGAUGCGGUGACGGGCAAGCAUUUCAUUUUGAUGGAAACUGAUCUUUUGCGGCAGUUGCCAGAACCGUUUAUUUUACCGUUCCCUCAGUCCUUAUACAUCCAGACAGCCCCGUUACUGGUGGAGGUUAAAAUUUUUAAGGGAAUGUUCUUUCAAGAAGGGAAACCUGUUCUAAAGUCACACCACGCCCAGUUCAAGCAAAAACAAAUUAACACCGAGCGUUUGAAAAAUCUGUACAAAGUUUUCCAAAUCAAGCAAGUCGUGCGCGAGACCGGCUUAACCGAAUGGUACGGGUGCACACGGGAGACUUCCCGUUGCUUCGGCACCAUAGUCGAUCAAAUGCCCUCGUAUUUGUACGAGGGGCGAUGGACGCCCCCUUGCUGUCUCUCCAACUUGCGAAAGACGGCGAAGCACGUCUUUAACAGCUUGGACGAGGCUGGGAUCAGGUACUGGCUGGAGGCUGGGAGUUUGCUGGGGGCCAUGAGGAGCGGGGAUAUUCUGCCAUGGGACCACGACGUGGACGUGGGUUUCAAUCGGGAUGAUUUACUGAGGAGCCCUUGGUUGAAGAAAGCGAGAGAUAAGCCCGUGGUUGACUCCAAGGGCUUCCUGUGGGAGAAGGCCACAGGGGGGAAUUUCUACCGGGUUAAUUACAGCAAAAGCAACAAAAUUUACGUCAACUUGUUUCCGUUUUAUUCGAAAAAUGGGACAAUGGCCAAGGACUCGUGGUUCACGAGCCAUAAAAAUAUGGAGUUUCCCGAGAAUUUUCUGCAUCCCAUGUCCAGUAUCGAAUUUAUCGGGCGGCAAGUGCCGAGUCCGAAUAAUAUUAGAGAUUUUCUAGAACUAAAGUUUGGUAAGGGUGCCAUUGAAAACCCCGAGUAUCCUAAUCCAAGUAGACUUCCUUUUCCGUAAUAAUUGUUGUGAUAAAGUUGUGUCGAGUAGUUCUACUCUUGUGAUCAUACACAGUAUUUCCAUCAGCUAGUUCCAAGAAAUAAUUUUGUUAUUACGUAGUUGAUAAGCACAUUAUUUAAGUUUAAAUGCGGAGAGCUAAAUCGAGAUUUAUAUUCAAAUGAUUUAAGUUUUAAAUAAUUUUUUUUAAUGUUCGUCGUAAAAAUUUUAUCGUCGAUGUUAUUAACUUAAUGCCCAAAUUCCUAUUUUUUUUCUUUUUGAUUUAAUUUAAAACAUUUACGAGCUAAGACAGAUAACGUUCCAAGCGACUCCGCACUAAUUUUUUGGGUACAGAUAAUCGAGUUAAUUCUCCGUACUCUAGCUAAGACUUAAAAAAAAUCCGAUUCAGAAAAUAAUUUUAUUAGAUGUACCAGGCAAUUUGUUCAAUCACUUUCAUUAAACAAGUGGUUAUUUAACGACUAUUGUACCUAAUUAGUUGCUCAAUUCUUCAGAUGUGAACAUCGUGAACUCUAUUUUAUGUUACAUGACUAUGUGCCAAAGCGUUUUGUUGAAUAAUAUUGUUUAGAUAUUUAUGUAGAAGUUUAUUCAAUGUUAAUAAAGUUUACCGAUAAAAUACG